AGAACGCACAGGAAAAGCGUGUGGUAAUGGUGACAACAUCCGAAUCCGCAGUUUUGUAGUGUCGAUAUCAUGCUCGCGUUUGUGCCAAACACCGACGGUCGAACCAUCGGAAUUGUGACGGUGGUGUGCUUACUAUUGCCCGUCUUUUUCCGGCCAUCCGAUGGUUCACCGGACGUCCUACGAUUCUACCCGUCGCCGUCAUUCACCGGAUACGAUUACACAACACCCAGCUGUCCACUACAGCCGGUGCCCCCUCCACCCUGUACGGCUUCCGCUACGAUCCUCAGCGUGCCAGUGAAGGUGAACGUGACGGAAACGAUCGUCACCUUUCUGAGAGAACGGAUAACCCACACGGAGAGUGUCACCCUUCCGGUUAUCACCAGCACUGAAGUGCUGGUCAGUACGAUCGCUCGGACGGUCACCAAGCCGGUGGUCCACGUAGAGUACCUCACGGAGCGCGUGCCGGUUGUGGAGUAUCUGACCGAUACGGUCACUCGGACCUCGACCUGUACCGUGACGGAACUACUGCCAACAACCUACGUUAGCACGUACAUCUCGACGAGCUACGCGCCACCGUUGACAGAGACUUCCUUCCACACAGAAACCGCCUACCGAACACUGACCAGCACCUCCGUCAGUACGCUCAUUCGGACCCAGACGGACACGUCAUCGGUGUACCGCACCGAGACGUCCUCGAUAACGGCUACGAAAACCCUACGGGAAGUGUCGACCGUCACGGCGACCUGCAGUUCACCACCGCCGCCCCUCAACAACGAGUAUCUUCCAGUGCCAGCGCCAUCGAACGACUAUCUGCCCCCGGCUGUCGGUGCCGAACAGCGGCUACGUGGUCACUUUGCUCUCCCGGAGGAUCUGCUGCCGCCGAAGCUUCUCGGAGCACCGAUGGCACCAGAUGCCUCGGCCCUGGUGACAAUGACGAAAACGCUCGACCCCAUUACGGUGACCAAGGAACGCACGGUUAUGAAAGUAUCACCCGGAACACCAAACGACCUUGAUGGUGGCGGCGGACCGAUCCGUACCAAAUCGGUGUUUGCGUUCGACCAGCGCAUCACCAAGCGCGUCACCGUCACGCCUACGCUGACAAGCUAUAUCUACUUGGACCCGGUAACCGUAACCUCCACGAGGCCUUCUGGGCCGCAGUCCGGCUAGAUCGGCGAGUGUGUCAC